CCCAUGUUCGCCCGACUGGUGUGCACCUCACUCCGCCGCCGCGGCGCUGCAGUUCCGGCCAUGAGGAUGAGCUCAAAGCCGUUCGUUCCAGAGCACGACAAGCCACACGCUCGCUCCAUCAUUGUGGAAACAGUGCUGGACGAAGAUGACGACGAAGAAGACAUGGAAGACAUGGUCAUGAUUGGCCCUGCUGGCACAGAAUGGGGAGGUCCCCAGCGCGGCGGCAAGUACAAGGAGCCAACGCGGUUCGGCGACUGGGAAAAGAAAGGUCGGUGUUGUGACUUCUAAAAGAGGUGGCAUGCCAAGCCAACGCUCAUUUCUACUCCUCUUCAUCCUAUUCUCCCUCUGCACCAUUCGCGUCAUCGUCCUCAUCGUCGUUGCCGCUGUCGUUGUCGCCGUCAUCUGUAUACUGAUCGCCGCCUUCAUCAUCUUCAUCACCUUCUUCACCGUCAUCGC